UAAGACAGUCGACGAAAAAUACGACCAGUAAACCGUGAAAACUCGAGCAACUCGAACGUAACAACGCGAGGCAAAAAUGUACAAAUAUAUCUUUCUGGCAUUAUCGAUAACGCAAGUUUUAGCCGAGGUGAUAGUUGAGACAAAACUCGGCCAUGUAAAAGGAACUGUUAUGUUGAGCAGAGAUGGCAGAAAAUUCGAUGCUUUCUUAGCGUUGCCUUAUGCUAAGCCACCGGUAGGCGAACUCAGAUUCCAGGUAGAUCCAUUACCAUACACAGAAAGAUGGAAUGAAACAUACGAUGCCACACAAAAGUCACCAAUUUGCCCUCAACUAGUUCCUUCGGGCAAAGUUAUUGGAAGUGAAGAUUGUCUGUAUUUGAAUCUUUACGUUCCUCAGGGAACAUUUCAGGAAACACUACCCGUAUGGGUUUACAUUUACGGAGGUCGUAGAGUAUCUGGAAGUGCAUCGGUGGAUAAAUUAGGCCCUCAUUACAUAAUGGACAAACCUGUCGUAUUCAUCACGAUGACUUACAGAGUCAACCUUUUAGGAUAUCUCAGCACCGAGGAUGACGUCAUAUCAGGUAAUUUUGGACUAAAAGACGAAGUAAUGGUACUAAGAUGGAUCCAAGAGCAUAUCACAUCUUUCGGAGGCGAUCCAAACAACGUAACAUUAUCAGGAGGUAGUAGCGGAGCAAUCGACGUCAGUCUGCAUCUUUGUUCUCCACUCUCUAAAGGUUUAUUUCACAGAGCCAUUAGUCAAAGUGGACAUCCGCUGAAAGAAGUCAUGGCACCGGGAUCAGCUAGGAAAUUAUCGUGGAUAACUGCUGAUUUAAUGGGAUGUAAAAGUAUCAAAAAAUCUGAGGAAUUGUUGAAAUGUUUGCAAAAGGUGCCAGUUGAGAAUCUGAUAAAAAAUCUUCAAAAUGACGAACGAACUGCAAUCCCUCCACCAAAAUUCCAUCCAGUCAUCGAGCACAAAAAUGCGAAAAUUAAAUUUCUAGUCAAUGAACCGCUGUUUGAGUUGAGGAAGUCUCACAAUGUACCCUGGUUAUUGGGUAUCAAUCAUGAUGAAGGAUCUAUUGGAACUAUAGCUUUGUUCCCCAAACCGUACAGAGACAGUCUGGAAAAAAUACGAAACCGUUUGCCUAAAUUUUUAGGAUACUCAACUUUUAAUAAUAAGGAUCAAAUAACCGAUCAAUUCCUGGAGAAGUAUUUCCACAACAAACCAAUUAAUCAAUCGUUCGACGUAUUAUCCAGGUUAUUUGGAACGGCUCAUUUUGUGGUAGGAGCUAUCGAUUGUGCAUUAGAGUACAAUGGUGAAAGAUAUUUCUACGUGUAUGAUCACGAAAAUGCCAUUAAUUAUGCCAGGAAUUACUUUCUUAGGAUGGCAUUCAGUAAAGAAAAAACUGGAGUUUGCCACGGUGAAGAGCUUAGAAGCUUACAACAUUAUCCGAAUUUAUUCCCUCCAAUCAUCGAUGGAGAUGAUCGGAUAGUUUCGAAUCAAGUGAUAUCUUUGUGGUACAAUUUUGUGGCCUAUGGUGAUCCAAAUGGCAAGACGAAAAGUACUCGUGAAAUCUGGAAACCGGUUUCAACACCUCAAUUGGAAUACUUACACAUACAUGGACUGAAACUCUCUAUGAAAACUGCACCUUAUUGGAAUUAUUAUAAAUUUUUUAAAAAUAUAACUCAAUCUUAAAAUGUAAUUAAAUUCAU